AUGUCACCCAUUCUGAAGCGCGACGUGGCAGAAACUGUGCGCCAGGCCCGCCGCCUUGCUGCAGCAGCCGGGCUCAAGGACUACGACGAGCACGAGCACGAGUACGAGCUGAACCGCGGCAGCACGUCGCGCCCGUCAAAUACAAACGAGGACAGGUGGGAGUGGGAAGAAAGGAAUAGUACCGAUAAGAGCGAGAGGCGCGCAUCCGUUUCGAGCGUGUCUCACGGGAUCACGUCCCCCGUCGUCCCGCUCACGGCCACAAAACCGGAAAUGCCGGCAAGAAGCGAUGUUGACGCAAUGAGGGAAGAGCGGCAUAACAAUGACGGGCAUAACCGGCAUGAACGCCUCUCAGCCGUGCACCCGUUCGCGCGCCCUAGUGCGAGCUUUGAAGCCGAGCGCGACAGCAUGGAGAUGGCAGAGAUUGCCGAGGAGGGGCGCCUGCUGGGCAGCCAAGUCUUGGAGAAAGGCGGAAUUGGCAAGUGGGCCGACCUGCGCGGGUUGUUGUUCUCCUCAACACCCUCAUUACUCUUCUCCCUUGUCGGUCUCGUGUUCUGCGGCCAGCUCCUGGAACACUGUGCGCGCUGGCGCGUGUUCCGCCGCGUUGACGAGCUCUUCAUCCUCGUGCCUAUGAUCGGCAACCUCAAGGGCAACCUUGAGAUGUGCUUAUCCGCGCGGUUGGGCACGUCAGCAACCCUGGGCGAGCUCGACACGCGCCGCGUCCGCCGCUCGCUCGUUACGGCCAACCUGACCUUGCUCGGCCUGCAGGCGCUCCUCAUCAGUUCGCUGGCAGCCGUGCUCUCUUUCGUCCUCGGUCUCAUGACCACCCACCGUCUUGGCGACGUGCCUUCCGAUGGCAUCAACUAUCCUGUACCAGGUACUGUUGCUGACCCGAGCAUCGACGACCCCUGGCGUGAAGGGUACACUCGUCCAGGCCCAGCACAGCUGGUCAUGGUCCUCGCGACGGGCAUGGCUGCCGCGGGCCUGUCAGCCCUCUUCCUCGGAAGCUUCAUGUGCGCGCUUGUCGUGCUCUGCCGCUGGGUCAAUGUCGACCCGGACAACAUUACGCCGCCGAUCGCCGCUUGCCUCGGUGAUCUUCUCACCCUCUUCCUCCUCGCACUUGCGGGUACUGUUCUCGUCGGCGCAAUGGACACGCCGGUCCCCCUCAUUAUCGUGAUUAUUAUGGGUAUCGCGGCGCUGUGGUUUACGCGCCGCGUAAUGCGCGACACGUGGGUCAAGGACAUUGCGCGCGGCAGCUGGAUCCCGCUUAUUAGCGCCAUGCUCAUCUCGAGCGGCACGGGUAUGGUUCUCGAAACGGGUGUGAGCAAGUAUCGCGGUUUCGCCCUUCUCGCAAUCUCAAUGACGGGUCUCACGGGAGCCAUUGGGGCGAUCCACGCAAAUAGGCUAAGCACGCAACUCCAUCGUCGCCUGCACCCCGGCUCGGGGAGCCACUCGACGCACACGAUGACCGGCCGCCUACAGGCGGCAUAUGACGGCCUCAGCCCGACGCAAAGUAUAGGCGUACUGUUCGCCCUCUCGUUCCCUUGUCAAGCGGCCUUUGUGGUCUUUGUCAACGCGACCGGCUGGAUCGAUAUCCAUCUCGGCUGGGUAGGAUGGGUAGCCUACGCCAUCGCGUCUGCAUUCUCCCUCCUCUGUGCCCAGUUCUUCACUCUCUUCUGCUGGCACCGCAACCUGGACCCAGACAGCUACACGCUCCCGAUCCACAGUGCGAUCGUCGACUUUGUAGGCCAACUCCUCCUCAUGCUCGCGUACGAGGUAUGCCGAAGACUAGGGGGGGACGUCAUGGCUGUUCCUAGAUAG